AUGACUCGGCUUCUAACUCUUGCCAGUCCCUCCAGUCAGGCUCUUACUUGUGAAACCGACAAAUAUAUAUCACAAAACAAUCUGGAUGUUGGCUAUUUGGCCGAUUCUCCUCGUGCUCUCUCUCUCCACCUUCUACGUGGAAUUUUUCUUGACGCCUGUCUAGCUCCCCGGGCCCUCUUACUAGCAUACACUCCUACCACUUCUGUCUCAUUCAGUUUUACUCAACCAGUGAUCUCGAGGUCUCUAUCACUACCGCGAUUGCCUACAAAUAGUUUGCCUAAAGAGUUAACUUUUAAACGGCAAUACCAGAAGAAGGAUGAGAAAGCCCAACCAAGCAGAAUAGAAACACUCGCACUAUCGGCCAUUUCAUUUGAUAAGCCACCUAUGGAACCAUUACUUGGGCCUCGUUUGACAGCAGCAUCCCCAGAAGCAACCGACGUCGAUUUAGCAACCGAAUUCAAAGUGGAAUCAUCAGGCACCGAAUUGCUGUCAACCUUACCAAAUGUUAUAUCAUCUCAGUCUGAUAGUUCACUCGACGGAUCUGCCACAUUAGUUCAUGUACCAUGUAAUUGGUUGGCCAGAGCAAUAGCUGACGCAGCAGUGCCUGGACUACAGGACCCUGAUUGGAUUGUAUCUAAUGCUUCUUUGCAGCUGUUUGCUGCUCUCAUACUUCGCCUUACUGGCUCUUCUGCUCACCGACUUCCACCUCCUAUUUUUGAGGUCUUCAAUCCACAGCCGAUGCCUGCUCCUCAGCUCACUGAUUUUUCCACUUCAUUGCCCUCCUAUUUGUCCUUGAAUGCGCCCAAGGCUAUAUCUCGCUCUGCUGUGGGUUAUUCUGUUAAUGCCGACAUAGCUAGGCUCUUGAGACCAACCUUAGAGUUUGAUUCCCCACAACCUCGUGCCCACUGUCUAAGCGCAUAUCUCUGUUUCCUAGCUCGUCUUUCGCCCACUUCCGGCAUCUCAUAUCCGAUUGAACAGCAGAAGCUGAUGCGAGAUCGCAUCAAAUCUGUCAUGCUUACUAGCUUGUCUGCAUCUGUUCGCCACUUGGCUUCCGUCGCAUUCAUUGCUUUCCUUCCACCAGAUUGGUCCGACUGUCCUUGUUCAGCCGCAGACCGAUCAUUUCUAUCUAUUCGACCUGACAGUGUCUGUUGUGUAAGUGGUCUUGGUCCUGCUAACUUCAUCAAAUGCGCUUGUUUGGUCAACCCAGCUGGCCUACAGAAUAAAACACAUCCCGAGACAUCUGAAAUAUAUCCUUCUAGACGGUCAGGUCUAAACCGUCUUCACGCCCAACUUUGCGUACUUCAGGCCUGGCUUAGUGCGCCCAGCGUUCCCCAAGCUAUUCUCACUAAACGAGCAAGUGUUCCCUGCUCCUCGACCAAGCGUCCAUCCUGCUGGUAUCUGGCCACUCAACUUGGGGAUCUGCUCUCUUCAGUCUUGGUAAAUUUGGUCGAUCAUGUAAACACUGUCCCAGCUACCUCUUCGCCGUUCGAAUCUUACUUAUCUGAAUACAAUUUGACUUCUACUUCUCCUUUCACCUACUCAAUUUGCCGGAGUCUCUCAAAGAGUGAUUUUCCAGUCACAUUGAAAGCUCAAGUUUCGCCUUGUGCUAUCUCAUUCGCUGAAAUAAAAAUUCUAUUUACUGAUUGGCUGGAACGUCCGCAAUUGCGCAACAUAAUACUUCAUCCUGGGAAGAAGGUCGAUUAUGCUCAGGUAUUUCCUUAUAAUUCUUUUACUUAA